AGCAGAAGAGGCACCCGCAUUCUGUGAAGACCCGCCCCUACUCUGCCUCUGAUUUUUACCCUAACCCAAACCACCUCACUCCACUCUGUAACAGCAGACCCUCCCCAGCAGAUCUAAGAGGCUCUCUGAGACAACCCACCAAAAGGACUUCAUGGUGCAUUCAAGGGCACCUCGUAAACUCAGAAAACUAUACUCGAAAGGCUUCAAAGGUUGCUUAAAACGUUAUCCACAAUGGCAUCUACAAUACAUGGCAACUACAUCACACAUCUGGAUGUGUCCCUCAAUGUAACUGAGGAGCAAGAGCUCAAAGCACAAGGCUUCAAGAUAAUAAAUGAUGAUCUGAACAAAGGGGCAUUAGGAAAAUACAUCUACAUUUGGUACAAAAAAGAAGAUGGUGCUCCACCAAUCACAAGGAUUCAAGUCACAUUCAACGAUGACAUGGCUGUUGGUUUGAGAGCAGCAGAGUACACAAAGAUCGAUAAAGAUCUCAAUGCUGGAGCUGCAGGUGAUCACAUCUACCUUUGGUACUUCAGGGGGGGCACAGAGUAUGAUAUUCCCAUAGUGGACAUUUAUGUCACUACAGAUGCAAAGGAUGAAGGCCGGAAGCUUAAGUCCGGCUGGGAGAGACUGGCCUGUGAUCUGAACCGUGGGAAUGCAGGGAACUAUAUCCACGCCUGGGUGAAGAGAGAGAGACAAACAUACAUCUGUGACGUCACUGCCACUGAUUCCUACAAAUCAGACAUGAAGCUCUUUGAGGAUGGUUACAUCCGUGUGGAUGAAGAUACUAAUAAAGGUGCACUCGGAGAAUAUGUCUUCAUCUGGUACCGUCAGACCACUGACUCUAGACGUGCACUCAGUGAUCUGCAAAUCUCCACCAAUGAUUGUCAGCAUCAGGAACUUCAGGACCAAAAUUACAACAAAGUUGUAAGAUGUUCGAAAUAUGUUAACCUCAACGAGGGGACCAUAGGUCACGAGGUGUACCUUUGGUACAAGCAAGAGGAGAGUAAACCCAUUAAGGCCAUCACCAUCCUUGUCAACCCAGCUGCUGUUGAGUGGUAUAUGCAGGCUGGUGUGAAAGUUAUCCAAAGAGAUCUCAACACAGGCAAUCUAGGCAAAACUGAAUACCUUUGUUUUUAUCAGGAAAGAGAGCCCCCAUGGUAGCAGAGCAGAGCAUUCUCAACAUUCACUGAAGUGGUAUUACUGGUAAUAUAAGAACCUAUCAUAAGCUAUGGGUUUUAUAGCUUACUUUGCUGUCGACCAAUCAUUUUAAAAUGGCAGUUUAUUCAACAUUGAUUACAACAUUAAUGAAAGAUUGAAUGUCAUGAAACUACUCUGACAAGACAAGAUGACUGUAUGUGUUUGUAAUAGUGUUUGUUUCAGUUUGAGUAUUUCUACAUGU